AUGCGCUACAAUAUAGUCAUAUAUCUCUUUACUAUAGCGACAUCCGUCAUGGCUCUUACUCCCAACUCAACCGUGGAUUAUGACACAGUACGAGCAGAGAUGAAGAGGUUGCUUACGCCCGACGAGCGACUGAAUUAUCGUGGCGUCACGAAGUCCGCAAUGACCGGGCUCAAGUACGACCAGCUGUUUGGCGUGAGCACCGCCGAAGAGUUGAUCACUGCCGAGAUCUAUGGCCGACGGGCCCGACCGUCGGACGAUGUCGAAAACCUGUACCUCUUCUCUGUGGGCCAUGGUCUGGUAGCUAGGUUCAACAUGGCAUACCAGCAGCAAUCUCUCGAAUCUGAGUCAGAGCAAGACAAAGCCUUUCGUGACGCCUACGCACCAAAUCGAAUUACCAUCCAGGAAAUGCACGACCAAUACCUCAACAUGCAAAGGCCAGAGUCACCGGAAGACAAGACAUAUGUUGAGGAGUAUCUGAGCCAAGUGGCUACUGAUACUGUUGCGUGGUGGAACGGAGUGAUCGAUGGAUCUCAGAUCAAAGUAGACUUGGCCUCCCACUGA